UAAAAUGUUGACCUGAGUUGGCAUCACUGGUAGCUGUAGUUUUCUCGCGUUCCUCGGCUUUACUUUAAGCUCGUUGUUGCGAUAACGCCAUUCCCGACUGCCACAGCAGCUGUGCUAGAGAUUGCAACUUUCGGUUCCAUAUUAUGCGACCUUGGCACAUCGACGAUUCUUAAGCGACGUUGCCUUGAGAGCCAGAGAUGUUGCCUUUAUUGCGCAGAAGUCUUCCCAUAGCUGGAAGGCUGCGGUAUAGCUGCUCGCCCCGUUAUGUUGUUGACGCUCAUCGAAUACUUAUUGUGGGCUCGUCAUUCGACCGAAAUAAUAUAAGAACUCACUAUGAUUUUGGCCAUAAAAAGAGGAAAACACCGAUGUAUGAAUACGUCUGUUGUUUCGGCGUCUUCUUGGGCACCGUCUGUGUCUUCAUCGACUACGAGACGCUUGGUGAGAAGAUGGAGGAUGGGAUUGAGGCAGUUCGCAAGUACUUUCGUGUAUCCUCAGAGAGUAGUGUGUCACAUCCUGGUGGUAGUGAGGGUGAAGAGGACUCUGAUGUUGAAGAAACAAAAGGAAAAAGCAAAGGAAAGAAAAAGAAAGACAAGCCUGGGUUUCGCGACAGAAAAAUUAUUGAGUAUGAGAACCGUAUUCGAGCUUACUCUACUCCAGACAAAAUAUUUCGUUACUUUGCCACCAUGAGAGUCUACAAUGAGGCUGGUGAUUCUGAAAUUUUCAUGUCACCCCAAGACUUCCUUCGUUCUAUAACACCUGGUACCAAGCAGCCUGAAGGCUAUGGACUUGACCAGUACAAGAGAAUCGACAUACGUACUGAUAAUGCUUCUGGAAACAGUUACAAGGUGUCUGCUGACAUGGAUGAGAAAGUAUUUUCAGGACUAAGCAAAGACAGCAUUUUUUACAAGCUGAGUUCGUCUGGCUUGAUCAGCUUUUCGGAUUACAUUUUCCUGCUCACCAUACUGUCAGCAUCAAAGCAUCAGUUCGAGAUUGCAUUUCGGAUGUUUGACCUGAAUGGAGAUGGCAACGUGGACUAUGAUGAGUUUGAAAAGGUCCAGACAAUAAUCAGGCACCAAACUAGCUUUGGCAUGCGGCACAGGGACCACCAGACAACGGGCAGCAUCUACAGGGGAGUGAGCAGUGCUCUUUGCAACUACUUCUUUGGCCCCAAGCUUGACAAAAAGCUUACAGUAGAAAAGUUUUUGAACUUUCAACGGCAGUUGCAGACUGAAAUCCUCACCCUAGAGUUCAUGCGUAAAGAGCCUGAUGAACAAGGCAUGAUUAGAGAGUGGGACUUUGCUGACCUGCUGUUGACUUACGCUGGACUCAAUGACAAAAAGAAGUCUCGUAUGAUCAAACGUAUAAAAAAAAAGUUCAAGAGCCAGUCAGAGGGUAUCAGUCUUGAAGACUACCUCCAGUUCUUCCACUUCCUAAGCAACAUUACAGAAGUGGACACUGCACUGACAUUUUAUCACAUAGCGGGAGCUUCCAUUGAUGAAGCUACCUUGAAACAUGUGGCGAGAACUGUUGCUCAUGUGGACCUCAGAGACUAUGUCAUUGAUGUCAUCUUCACUCUGUUUGAUGAAAACUUGGACGGUCAGCUAAGCAACAAAGAAUUUGUCUCAGUGAUGAAAGAACGCCUUCACCGUGGUCUUGAAAAGCCAAAGGAUACAGGAUUCGUAAAACUCAUCAACUCUGCGUGGAAGUGUGCAAAGUUGAAAAAGCCAGUGCUUCUUGACAUAUAAUAGAGGGUCGGUUUUGUGUGUGGCUUUAUAUGAUUCAUUGUUUUUAGCUUGUUACAGUUGCCUACAGCAUUACCAAAUAAUCUUUAUUGAAUAUGAAUGCAUGCUCCCUUUUGAGUGUUUCCUGUUGUGAAAUCAUUUGUUAGCGAGAGUUCUGGUGUGAAAUAUUUUUUCCUGAUCAAGUGAUUUGCGAGUCAAAAUUCUGAAGAUAACUUCAGAUUGGUUUUAAGUAUGCUAUGUGCAAGAAUUAUGUAGUCCAUUGGAAUGUUGUUCUGAGAUAGUUAGACCAAAAAAGCUGCUUCUUGUUAGUAUAGAAAGUAAAGGGAAACUACAUCGAACAGUCCAAUUAAGCAGUGCCCUAGUACAGUCGACUCCCGUUAAUUCGAUUUUUUGCUACCUUAAGAUUUGGUCGAAUUAUCAAACAGUGGCAAAAUGAACCAAUUCAAAUCUUUUAGUUGCUUUGAGUAGUCUGCAAUAUCGUUUCGCUUCUUGCUCUUGAAUUGCAACUCAACUAGCGUGCAGUGAAGAGCACUUACAUAUUUAAAUGCUGCCUCAGCAUCAGACAAAAAGAAAAAUUCGACAUUGUUGAGCCCAGCCUCAACAUCAACUGCACUCAGUGGCUCCAGUAGGGCACUGUCGGCAACAUUGUCAGUGUCGCUCUCAAUCAGUACAGUCUGUGCGGGCUGUCAUGUAGUUGACAAUGUUGUCGUCCUUCAGUGGCGCUGUGUAAUUGCCACACGACGCCAUGCUGAAUGGACAAAGCAGACUGCUGAAUAUGGGAGCAUGACACGUCACAAAACAAGUAGGAAUGGAUGGCUUCACGGGAAGUAGGAGCACCAGACACUACUAGAUAAAACAGCUUCCCACCUAUGGAAACAGUAGUGCCAUCUGCUAAAUUUCUGGUGUUUUCAAGCUUUUAGUACUGCUGCGUGCAUGAGGAAGUGUCAGUGGGGGUUGAAUUAACUGAAGCAGCAUGCUAUCCUGUUCAAACUAAAUGGGUUUUUCACCCAUAGUACUGUAUGGUUUCUGGCUAAGACUUGCCAGUGCAUAGGGAUUAAGCGAAAAGUCAAAUUAUCCGAAUGUCGAAUUAACGGGAGUCUGCUAUAAUUUUUUCAAGCAGGAAACGAGAGGGAUAUCUUAGAGCAAGGGGGCAGUCCUUCGAGCUGCAACAUCAACUUGAUAUUGACCCCUCUCUUUUGUUACCAUAUUCAGGGCCUUCCCAGGGGCCCCAAAUACCUGAAGUGUGCAGAAUACCUGUCCCUAGAGCAAAGUGCUCUCACAUUCAACACACAAAAGCAGUCAGCAUUCUCCACCUUGCCCUCCAGCCACUACUGGCACUUCUUUGGCAAGUUAUAAACAUGUUGGUCAAGGACUGGUCGGUGACCAACCAACUGGAGGUGAAUGCUGGACAUUGGUGUGAUAAUAAAGUUUCUUUCUUGCCUCAGA